AUGGCCCCCAAAACACCAAACUCAAACGGCACGCCCAUCUUCUCAACCUCCAUCUUCUCCAACGCCGCCUCCCGACCAACAACCCGCGAAGGCCAAUCCGUCGACCCUCUCCUCGUCCCCAAAGACCGCAAAGCAUCCUUCUCGCGCAAAGCUUCCCUGGGUAGCAGACGCGGAAGUUCCUUUGGCAACGGUCCUAACGCUUACGUUACGGAUGCUACCGCGCCGCCUGCUCUGCCGGAGUACGCGCUGAGUGCUGCUGCGAAAGUUGCUAGACCGAGUGAUAGUGAGGCUUCACAGACUACGCCUACGGAUAUGUUGAGUCGAAGUGCGACGGGGUCGACGACGCUGCAUGGUGUGCCGAGUACGCCGUUGGGGUUUAUGCCGAAUGGAGCUGUUGGGACGGCGGGAAUGUGGCAGCAGAAUGAAGCAAGUAUUAUGUAUCAUCAUGUUACGGAGCUUGCGAAUAAGCGCAUAGCGACGUUGGAAUAUUUACGGAAAGCCCACGAAGGCCGUAUAUACUGGUUCAAGACAUAUCUCUUCGAAAAACCCGACCUCGGUCGAAUGCCCUCCCUCGACGCCCGCAAACUCGGCCGCAAAGCAACAAACCUCCUCCUCCUCGGCUUAUCCCUCCCUACAAUCGUCGACUUAUACUCCUCCACAUCGAUCGAAUUCCUCCGAAGUUUAAACUCCCUCCUCUCCGAGUUCGAUUCCUUCCAACAACUCCACGGCGACUCUUCCACCGCUGCAUCACUCACCCGCGCUCGUCUCCCCAGCAUGUUCCGACGUCCAGGUGGUAAAUCGCGCCGCUCGACAUCCGCGGCUGAUAUGCAUCCCAUCGUGGACGAUAUGGCGCCCAUGCCAGCUGCCGGCGGACCUACACCUUCUGUUAUGAACUUUGCAGCGUCAGAGACGGAUCUUCUUCCAGGUGAAGAGUACACAUACUUGCUUACGCCGUCACUACCGUUUGAUCCGGAUUAUUUCGAGACGUUUGCGACGCUGUGCGAUGUUUUGAUCGAUGCGUAUACAAGAUUCUUAGCACUGGUUCCCUCGCCGAAGGAUUGUUCUGCGCCUGUCGCUGAGCUUUUUACAAAAGCGGAUUCGCGGGUGCGGAAGAUCAUAGUUCAAGGCUUGGUACGGGAUUUUGAGGAACAUAGUCGAAGUCAUGUCAAGACGGAGGUUGCUAGUAUUGGAAAGAUCGUUCUGGGAGGGUUAAUGUAA